CAUCGCAGGAACAAGCCACGGCAGCGUCUGGGCUUUGCUCGGAGACCGACCCGUCAGGCAGGUUUCCCUCAGCGGGAGCGGAGCCGGAGAGAACCAUCCGGAGGAGCCGGGCAUGUCCCUCCGCCCGCUGCCGGGCUGACGGAGCCUCCCCCCUCCCCGGCUCUCUCCUCGCCGCCGGAGCCAUGCGAGCGGCCGGCUUGCUGCUGGCUUGGGUGCUGCUGCGUCCCGUUGCCACCCAGCAAUGUCACCUGGCCGGCGGCGUCCUCCGCUUCACCGACAGGCACGCCGAGAUUCGGGUGCCGGCGCUGCACCGGGUGCCCAGCUCGCUCGAUCCCCUCUACGGCCUCGUCCGGCGCUGCCUGGACCUCAUCCAGCAAAACCCCCUGCCCACAGAGCUGCUCCGGGCGGCCCUCAAUGACCCCGGCUCGGUGCGGACGUCGCAGGUGGUGCAGUAUGAGCUGGGCUACGUGGUCUGCGCCGCGGUGGCUCUGCUCUUCACCGUGGCUGUGCCGGUGGCCGGGAUGUGCUUCUGCUACUGCCGGAGCCGCCGGCGGUGCGGGGGCCGCCUGCGUGCCCACCGGCGCUCGCUGACCUGCCGCCGCCACUGCCUGCUGGCCUGCCUCUCCCUCACCUCCCUCGUCAUCCUGACCAGCGUGGUCUGCGCCUUCGUCACCAGCCAGCGGGUGAAGGCGCAGAUGGAGCCGGGGCUGGGGGCCGUGCCCACCACCCUGCACACCCUGCGCCAGCACAUCGCCAACAUCCCCCAGGGGGUGCAGAUGGUGGUAGACCAGUUUGAGGUGCCCCGACAGCAGAUAAUCUCGGACCUGGGGGGGCUCAGCCGGAGCGUGGGGCUCUCCAUCCACGCGCAGCUGAAGGCGAUGACCUACGCGGCGCUGGCGGACCUGCAGGACAGGGCUGGAGACCUACAGACCUCGCUGCACCAUUUACAGAUUCUCGACAAGACGGCGCGGGCGCUGGCGUCGGCGCGGGCCGAGCUGGAGCCGGCGCUGAGGGAACGGCGUCGGCGCGUGGUCGCGUUGCUGGACGACCCGCGCUGCACCUCCUGCGCCAGCGUCCUGGGCAGGGCACAGGGCCUGGAGCUGGGGGCCGACUACAGCAAGGUGGGAGAUGGGCCCCCCUUGAGCUGCUCAGCAACCCUUCUUUCCUCACAGGGCAACGGCACCUUCAACUCCAUCCCGGAACUGGCCGUGGAGAGGAUGGCGCAGGUCAUCCAGGAUCUGCGGGAGGAGAUGGCCCACGUGACGGAGAAGGUGCAGUCCAUCGCCAACAGCUUCCCCCUCCCCGACUACACCCAGCCCGUCAGCGAAGCCCUGGUGAAGGCGGAGGACAGGAGCCGGCCGUACCUCCGGGAGGUGGAGCGCUUCGAGCGGUACAGGUGGAUCGCGGGCACCGUGCUGUGCUCCAUCAUCCUCCUCAUCCUCGUCUGCAACGUGACGGGGAUGGCCCUGGGGGCGUACGGGCUCUCCAAGCGGGAGGACCCGAGUGACUACGAGUGCCGAGGAGAAGCUGGCGCCAAGUUUCUCCUGGUCGGCGUGGGCCUGGCUUUCCUGUUCUCCUGGCUCCUCAUCCUCCUGGUUUUCGCCACCUUCCUGGUUGGGGGCAACAUCCAGACGUUGGUUUGCAGGAAUUGGGUCAACCAGGAGAUUUACAAGUUCAUUGAUACCCCCGGGAACCUGCCUCCAUCCAUGAACCUCACCCGACAGCUCAACCUCAGGAGGGACUCCAACCUCAGUGCCACGUACCGGGAAUGCAAGAGCGGCGCGGGGCUGUGGGAGGUGCUGCAGCUCGACAGGUCCUACGACCUGGAUGAGCAUCUAAAAUCCCCCAAGUACACGGCUGAUUUCCAAAAACGCCUGGGUGACUUCAUGGCGCGCCUGGGCGAUGUGCGGCUUCUCCGCAGCGAGGGCAGGCAGGACCUGGAGACCUUUGCCCACAGCGGGGUGGACGAGGUGGACUACGGGCGCUUCCAGGAGGAGAUGAAAAACCCCGUGGUGCAGACCAGCCUCCCUGGCUUGGCAAGGAGCCUCGAAGGGCUGCAGAAAAUGCAGAGGAACAGCACGGUGGCAGGGCGACUGGCUGCCGAGGCCCAGGCUCUGUGGCAGAUGCAAAACUCCACGGUGCAAUCGCAGGAAGCUUUGGUGGCAAAGCUGGGGGAAAGCGUCCAGUUCCUCUCCCGCUUGGCACCGCACCUCCAGGAACGGGUGAAGAGGACACUGGCCACCACAGCCUCAGUGGAAGCCCGGCUGCCUGCGCAAGCCCAGCAGAUCCUCCGGCAGGAGAUCGGCUGCUUCACGAGGAAGGAGCUGCGGUACUUCACACAGUACCUGAACUGGGUCGGGCAGACGCUGAGGGAGGACGUGGCUUCGUGCCAGCCGCUUGCCACAGCCUUGGACAAUGGACGGGUGAUCCUGUGUGACCGCAUUGCCGACCCCUGGAAUGCUUUCUGGUUCAGCCUGGGAUGCUGCACCUUCUUCCUCAUCCCCAACAUCAUCUUCGCCAUCAGGCUCACCAAACACUUCCGCCCCAUCCGCAACCGGCUCAUUUCUACAGGUUCAGAGGAGACCUGUCCUUUCCACAUCCCCCGUGUCACGGCGCUCAAGCUCUAGGAUGCUCCCAUCAAACUUGUGCCCAAGCCUUGCAGGACUCCAUGUUCCUCUGACAUCUCGCAGGGCUCCGGGUCCCUCUGACGUCUCUUUCUCGGUGUCCUUCAGGAUCUGAGCAUCCUUCCCGGGCACGGGGCAGUAAUCCCCAUGCACCAUGUGGCUCCGGGUCCCUCUUGAUGCCUCUUCCUCAGCCACCUUCAGGGUCUGACCACCUGUCAGGGAUGCCCCCGGAGCCCACCCGAUCCAGAGCACAGGGGAAAGUUCCCCGCAGCUCUCCCUAACCACCGGCAUUCCCCAUGCAGCCCCCACAGGGAAGGACACCUGCCCACCGCCCCAUG